AUGUCUCUUUCUCGCCAACGCCGAUCUGGGUGCACGCAGGCCCCUAUUGGGGUCCGUACCACUACAGAAAAGGCGGAGAAGGUUGUCGUCUCUGUGGAGCCCGUCUUCGUCGAAAGUUCUCGCAACGCAAAGAUUCUAGUGGCGGUGGCUUGUUUGGCCGGCCUGUCUUGGUUCGCCUCUGCUCCUACCCGGAGCACGGUACCUGCAUCCGAACUCGCUGAACCCUAUGCUUUGUGUACUCCCGAUGGCCCGAAGAUUUACACAGUGGAUGAACAUCGUCCGAAUGUCCAAUGCUUGGUGGUUCAAGGUGCCUUCAUCGUAGCUACGGGGAAUCUGUCCGAGAUUCAGCGUCGUCACAGCAGCAAGAGCAACUUGGUUGUUCGAUACACCAAACCCGGGACAAUCAUUGUUCCCGGGCUCAGUGACUCCCAUGGACACAUUCUUGAAUACGGUGCCAGUCGAGAGCUUCUUCUCGAUGGCGCUGCUUCUGUCCAAGACGCCGUUGCACGGGUUCGAGAAUAUGUCCUUGCUAAUCAAGACGUAUACAUAGACACUACCAAGUACAUCUUAGGUGGUGGUUGGGAUCACACCUUUUGGCCCCGAGGUGGAUGGCCUUCUGCCGAGGAUCUGGAAACGGAUUCUAUCCUUAAUGGGAGACCUAUUGUCUUACAAAGUAAGGACUGCCAUGCACUUUGGCUAUCACCCAAGGCUGUGGAAGCCAGUCUUCCUUUCCCUGAUACCCUGGAAGGCGGUGUCAUCGUGCGCGACAAGUUGGGCCAGCCGACAGGUGUUUUCCUGGACAAUGCGCAGGAACUUGUGAAGCAGCCCCCAGUUACCGAAGCAGAUUUAUUGAAGCGUUUCGGGACCGCCGUGAAAGAUGCCCAUCGGUUUGGGCUCACCUCUAUCCACGAUGCUGGUUUGGAUCCCACAUCGUUGAAAUUCUUCAAACGCCAAGCGGGGUUAGGUGAUCUCCCUAUUCGUGUCUACGGCAUGACCUACUUCAACGAAAACGAGGCAUAUUGGGGUAACACUUCGACCCCCGAUGCUUCUGUGGGCCGCGGACGACUCACUGCGCGCAGUGUGAAGAUCUUUGCAGAUGGUGCUCUGAGAACGGGCGGAGCUGCUCUGUACGAGCCGUACACAGAUGAUUCCUCGACAAAUGGCUUUAUGCGGUUAUCGGCUGACACACUCUCCACGGUCAUCGGUCGAUUUCUAAGAGAUGGAUGGCAAGUUAACGUUCAUGCAAUUGGCGAUCGUGCGAAUGGCCUUGUGUUGGAUUCAUUCGAGGCGGCGUUGGAGGGCGUAAAUGUCACUGCAUUAAGACCUCGGCUUGAACAUGCUCAGUUAAUGACAAAGGCCGAUAUGCGGCGCCUCGGGAAGCUGGGUGUUAUUGCCAGCGUACAGCCAACCCAUGUCAUUAGCGACAUGUGGUAUGCUGAAAGCAAACUGGGCGCUGAAAGGGUGAAGGGCCUUUAUGCCUUCCGAGACAUUAUCGAAAGUGGCGCGAGAUUGACAUUGGGAUCUGAUUUCCCAGUUGAAGAUAUGAAUCCGAUGGGCAGUUUCUAUGCUGCUAUUACUCGUACGUCCCUGAGUGGCGAAUCUCCGCAUGGACCCGCAGGCUGGUUCCCAGACCAACGUCUUUCUCGGGUGGAAGCACUUCGAGGUCUGACCAUUGAUCCAGCGUAUGCUUCGUUCUCGGACCAUGAACUUGGAACUCUUGUCGCCGGCAAAAGAGCAGACUAUGUUGUGCUAUCACAAGACAUCAUGACUGUCCCGGCCAGAGACUUACUGGAUACCAAAGUUGUCGCGACCGCGAUAGAUGGAACAGUUGUCUACGGAAGUCUCUAA